AUGAAUGAAAAAAAAAAUAAUUCGUCGUUAUUGAUAUUUAAAUUCAUGUGUCCAAGGAUUGUUUAUCUCAUUUUAUUUUUCUACUUGUUUCAAUCAUACGAAUUAAGCAAAAACAUUGCUUAUAAUAUUCCUGAUCCAGAUUGCACAGGUGUUUUUAAUUUAUGUGUUGAUGCUGAUAAAGAACGACUUGGUCGUGACGCAAUAAAAGCUAUACAUGAACAAAUGGAUGACGAUAAAGAUGGUAUGAUUGAACCAUCUGAAAGUAGUGAUUUUAUAAAAGAAGAAUUAGAAUCAAAUACAGAUUCUAUUCGACAUCGUCAAUUUCAAGAUGCUAAUUUACAAAUAACAUUUAAAGAUCUAUGGACACAAUGGGAAAAGAGUGCAGUUUAUAAUUGGAGUACUGAUGAUGUUGUUCAUUGGGUUGUUAAUUAUGUUCAUUUACCAAUUUAUGUUGAAAAUUUUCGUCGAAAUCAAAUUGAUGGUCGAAUGAUUCCAAGAAUAGCAGCUAAUCAAAAACAUUAUCUUUCAGCUAUUAUGCAAAUACGUGAUCCAAGACAUAAACGACUUUUAGUUAUUAAAGCGACAGAUGUUGUUUUAUUUGGUCCUCCACCACAACAUAAACAUAAUCUGAUAAAAGAUAUGAUAUUAAUAUCAGCAUUAUUGAUAUCUGUUGGUGCUUGUUUAUAUGCAUUUGCACGUCAUCGGAAAACUCAAGAAAGUAUGAAAUUAAUGUUAAAAGAUCUUGAAACAUUACAAAAAGCUGAAGGUAAUCUAAAAGCUAUAACUGGAAAAAUUAAAGCAAUGGAAAAUGAAUUAAAAGAUAAAACAAAAGUUGAUCGUAAUAUGUUAAAAACUUGGUUUAUUGAAGUACAACGAAAGAAAGAAGAAGCUGAAAAAUAUCGACAACGUCGUGAUUCAACUAAUGAUCGUGAUAGUCAACUACAAUUAGCUAUAAAAGAAAUUGAACAAUUACGUAUUGCAUUACGUCAAGCAGAAGAACAUGCUCAACAUCAAUCAUAUGAAGCACCAAGUGAAUUAAUCGAUUUACUUAAACGUACUUAUCAUGUUGAAGAAAUUGCUUUUGAAGUUAAACGUAAAUCAGCAGAAAGUGCUAUGCUUACAGCUAAAGAACAAAUGAGUAAAAUUUCUAAAAUGCAAAAAGGUUUUUUUGGUGCUGUACGGAUAGCACAUACAGGUUGUAUGGAUAAUAUAAGUGAAUUAAUAAAUGCUGCAAAACAACGUUUAACAAAUAUUCAAGAUGAAUAUGAAGAACGUGAAAAACGUUGGAAUCGUAUAGCUUCAUUACUUGAUCGAGAAGAUUUAAUUAGUUAUUCAUCAUCAUCCUCAACAUCAAUUAGUGGUAAUCAAUAUUUAACUGGAACUCCACCAAUAUCAUCGAAUAAUGGAACUACUAAUAGUCUAACACCAGUUUCACGUUUUCUAGAUUCAAAUAAUCGAAUUAAACGAAUAUCUGCUGAUGUGAACAGUUUAACGAAUACAAAUAAUGAUUCAUCAGUAUUUAGUAAAACAAAUAAUAAUAUAAAUAUUCGUGGACUCGGAGUAAAUUCAUAUAAUCCAACGCAAAAUGCUCAACAAGAUACACAAAGUGAAACUGAUAGUUGUUUUGAAUAUUCCAAUUCUCCAUCAGCAAGAUUAAGACGACGUCCAAAUGCAAACAAUGCUUUACCAAGGGAACGUUCAUCAACUGAACGUCUUGUUAAUAGUUCAAGAAUAGUUUAUUCACAUUCAGCAAACGGUCUUAAUAAUUUAAGUACAAGUUCAACAGAAAUAACAGGACAAAAUAUAUCUGAAUCUCUUGAUAUACCAUUAUCGACAGGACAAACAAAAACAAUAGCUAGUACCAUUCCUGAUUUUCACUUAGAUACUGAUGAUUCUCUAUGUGAUGAUCUUCAACAACACUAUGAUAGAAAAUCUCAAAUAUCAGAUUUAAUAUCUGAUGAUCAACAAUCAGUAACAUCAUCGGAAAAAGCACGAAAAUCGAUUUUAUCAACAAGAUUAUUAAAACCAUUUCUACAUAAACGAUUGAAUAAAAAAAGUAACGAAACAUGA